AUGGACAUUCACCGCUCCCGUUUCGUGCCCUAUCCGCCUUCUGCAAUCAACGCGCUCGCCUUUUCACACCCGGAAGCCGAACACGGGCAGCAAGAACAAGAUUCUCUGCGACUCGCGAUUGGACGCGCAAAUGGAAACAUCGAGAUAUGGAACCCAGCAAAGGGUUCUUGGUUGCAAGAGAAGGUCUUUUAUGGGGGUAAAGACAGGAGCGUCGAAGGGCUUGCCUGGACUCAAGAGCCGGAUGAGCGCAAUGCGCAUGGAAAGAUUGUGCCCGGGCGCCUGAGGCUCUUCAGUAUCGGCUACUCCAGUAGCGUUACAGAAUGGGAUUUGAUCACCGGCCUUCCUGCGCGCCAUUCCGACGGUAACCACAGCGAAGUCUGGUGCUUCGCUGCUCAGCCUAGGCAGAAGAAUAUGGCGAAAGGCGCAAAAGAACUUCAUAUGCGCCAGAAACUAGUCGCUGGUUGCGCAGAUGGAACAAUCGUUUUACUAUCUACAGAAGACAACGACCUCACCUUCGAGCGCUUCGUUUCUCGCGCCACGAACAAGAAGGCGCGCGCACUGAGUAUCACAUACAAGGAUCAGAACACUGUAUUGGCCGGAUUUGCGGACAGCAUGAUUCGAGUGUUCGAUACGAGGAAUGGCAACGUCAUCAGAAGCAUAUCCCUAGGUAGCGGUCCCAGUGGCGGACCAAAGGAAAUCUUGGUGUGGAAGGUUAAGUGCCUUCCAAACGGCGAUUUCGUAUCUGGCGACUCGACUGGUGAUAUUCGGAUCUACAAUGGCAAGAACUACAGUCAGGUGCAGAGGAUAUCUGGACACGAGGCGGAUGUACUUGAUCUCGCUGUAACGCGCGACGGAUGCAGCAUCUUCAGUGCUGGUAUGGAUCGCCGCACCUGUCUCUACACAAGCAAGAAAGGACAAUCUGGUCAGAGCGGAAAAUGGCGAAAGGUGUCACACCAGAGGCAUCAUGAGCAUGAUGUCAAAACCAUGGCGACAUACGAAGGCAACAAACUCAGCGUUGUGGUCACCGGAGGUAUCGACACACAGCCGAUUGUUGUCCCUAUCCGUCAAUUCGGAAGGGAACUAAGCCGUGGUCUUCCAGCUUUGCCUCCUACACCCCCUCUGACGAGCGCCCCCGACGCAAGGUUGUUGGUCAGUUGGUGGAAUACAGAAGUGCGGAUAUGGCGUGUCAAACCCCAGGAUGACGGUACGGAGAAGCCCAAGGUGGUCGCACGCCUGGCUCUACAAGGAGAGGAGAACAUCAUAUCGGUAUCGAUUUCCGGAGAUGGUGGGCUUUUGGCUGUUGCAACAGCCAGUAUGGUUAAGCUGUUCCAGCUGCUACAUCCACAGGCAGGAGCUGGUGCCGGUCUACGUAUACGAAAGCUCGAUAUGCCUUCGAUUGCGGGUGCAAAAUCACUAAAGAUGUCCGCAGCCGGCACAUGGCUUGCAGCAAUCCUAGCAACCGACGAGGUACGGCUGGUUAGGAUAGUGCGGACAAACGAUCCCACAGAUAUGCCUCGCGCAUUGGAGAAAGUACAGCCUCUCUAUCGACUCGAUCGCGAUAUGACUACCCACAAUUCACUGAGCGGCCCCUCGGGUUCUUACGAACGAUCCAUCGCACAUGCGAACUUUUCCAAAGAUGGCAACGUCUUCGCAGUGGUUGACCUGGCUGGCUAUGUGGAUACAUGGGUCAUUGAAGGGCACGAAGAUGCUACCGCGCCAGAGAUUGACGUCGAUGAUUCAAGCCCAGCUAUGGAAGAUGCCGAUGGUUCAGACGACGAGGAAGAGUCCUAUGAGCAAAUAACAUACCUCGGCCAGCACUGGAUAAGAAAUCCCUCUGGUCACCUCCUCCCUCGUCUCGACGCAACGCCCGUUCUACUCUCUUUCCAACCCACCCCGGACGCCUCGACUCAACCAGUACCCAACGGCAACCCCGCUGUCCACCCCACGAGACAAAACCCGCACCCUCACUCCCACGAGCUACCCACGGGCGACUACCACCUCCUCCUUGUCUCGGCAGAACACCAACUCUACCUCUUUGACGUAAUGUCCGGCCGUCUCUCCGACUGGUCGCGAAGAAACCCGCCUUCCAGCUACCCACGCGAAUACAAGCAACUCGACCUCCCCGCCAAAGGCUGUAUCUGGGACAUAUCAGCCUCCACCUCCCAACGCCGCGUGUGGCUCUACGGCGAAAAAUGGCUCUUCAUGUUCGACCUCGGAAAAGACCUCAACACGACCGUCUCCGACGCCGAGCAGCACGCGGGCAAGAAGCGUAAGCGCGACCUUGUCAGCAAACACAACAGCGGCGCUGGUGACGCGGUUCCCCCCAAAGAAGCCCCCGUCACCAAAAUGCGCAAGUUCCAGACCGACGACGACGAAAAGGCACGCCAGAAGUGGAUCGAUGUUAAUGCCCCGCUGCGUAAAUCAGACGCUGAGGACGAUGACGACGACGAUGCCGAGGGCGACGCGAAUCCCUUGGCUAGUCUACGUAGGGCAAACACGCAAGACGGUAAGGAGCACCAGCAACAGCAAAACGGUCAUGACGAGGAUCAGCAGACUAAGCCGUGGUGGCAUACGCUCAAGUACCGCCCUAUACUCGGUAUUGUGCCCAUUAGUGCGGAUGAUGGCGUUCAUGCGCCAGAGGUGGUGCUGGUGGAGCGGCCGAGUUGGGAUCUGGAUCUUCCGCCUAGGUUUGUGGGAAGUCAUGAACAGCAGUGA